CUCCGUGUUGAUUGGCUGCCUGAUUAAUUGGCUAAUUGACUAUCCUCUCUCCCUGAUCUCCUCCAGCCUCUAAUUGGGCCCAAAAAAGGAUAAAUUGAACCCAUUGUUUCUACUUAUCUGCUUGAGAAAGAAAGAGCUGGGAAGUGAGACUGGUUUAUAGGUUUUGAGGUCUUUUUACGUGUAUUUGUUAUAUAUUUUCUUAUUUCUGAGUCUAAUUUUCUAAGCAAACUUCUUCACCUACUUAAGAGGUUGCAAGUAUCCCUUUUUCUGGCUUGGUGAGUCUGUCUCCCAAUCCCUUAAUAUUAUGGCAGCGGUCAUAAUAGCAAAAACCAAAAGCCCUGGACGGGUGAAGCAGCGUCAAAGAGCUGUGGUGCAGAUGGAGCAGAAAACCCCGAAAACCCGCAAACGUUCCAGCAAGGUUCACAAAAUCCAACCCAAAGAAAACCCGAUGGAGGAUGUCCAAGAUGCAGAGGAGAAGCUUAUGUCACUGGCUUUGGAUAAAGAUGGGGACGGAGACGAAUUUGUGGACGUGUGCCAGAGUGGACUUAUGAUCUGUCGAGAGCUCCAUGACAAACUAUUCGAGCAUCAGAAGGAAGGGGUGGCCUUCCUUUACAAUCUCUAUCACAAGAAGAGACAGGGCGGCAUUUUGGCCGAUGACAUGGGCCUCGGGAAGACCAUCCAGAUCAUCGCCUUCCUUUCGGGGAUGUUUGAUGCUGGACUCGUCCGUUCUGUGUUGCUCAUCAUGCCGGUUACGCUUGUUAACAACUGGAUGCGGGAGUUUGCCAACUGGGUCCCUGGAAUUAGAGUGAAGGUCUUCCAUGGGACCAGCAAGAAGGAACGAGAGCAAAACCUUGAGCAGAUCCAGAGGAGAACUGGGGUCUUGCUCACCUCCUACCAGAUGGUCCUGGCCAACUGGGAACAGCUUUCCAAUCUCGACGGGCAGCCUUUUCUUUGGAACUACGUCAUCUUGGAUGAGGCCCACAAAAUCAAAAGCCCCUCUGCAAAAACCACCAAGUCUGUGUAUGGCAUCCCGGCUGUCAAUCGUAUCCUUCUCACUGGGACGCCGGUGCAAAAUAACCUCCGAGAGCUUUGGGCUCUCUUUGAUUUCGCUUGUCAGGGGUCCCUCCUUGGCACCGCAAAAACCUUCAAGAUGGAAUAUGAGAGUCCCAUCAUGAAGGCCAGAGAGAAGGAUGCAACUCUGGGCGAGAAAGCCCUUGGGCUGAAGAUCUCACAGAACUUGAUGGCAAUCAUCAAGCCCUAUUUCUUGCGCCGGAGUAAAGGGGAGAUACUGAAGCUGAAUUCGGAGCGAUCCGUCUGCCUGACCGGUGAAGAGAGAGACUACAUUGCUCUGGAAAUGCCGUCUCUACCAAGGAAAAAUGACUUUAUUGUCUGGGUGUACUUGGCCCCUAUGCAAGAAGACAUCUACAGGAAUUUUCUCUCCUUGGAUCAUAUCAAGGAGCUUCUCAUGACAACGCGUUCCCCAUUAGCUGAGUUGACCGUCUUGAAGAAACUCUGUGAUCACCCCAGGUUGUUGUCCGCACAAGCGUGUGCCAAUCUUGGUUUGGAGGUGUCGGAAUACUCUGAGCCAACAGAUCAAUCGACUUUGAGCAUGACCCAAGACAUCAAACGGGUUUCUGAUAAACUUCUCAUCGAGGAGUCGGGAAAGCUUGUUUUCCUUGUUGCAUUGUUGGAGAAACUUCAGGAGGAAGGACACCAAACCCUUGUCUUCUCCCAGUCGAGAAAAAUGCUGGACAUCAUAGAGCACAUCUUAACCAAACGGAGCUUCCGGCUGAUGCGUGUCGAUGGGACAGUGACGUGUUUAGCAGAACGGGAGAAGAGGGUCAGGCAGUUUCAGAUGGACAAAAGCUAUUCGGUCUUCCUUCUGACCACCCAAGUUGGAGGCGUUGGUCUGACCUUGACCUCGGCCACCCGGGUGGUCAUUUUUGAUCCCAGCUGGAACCCUGCAACUGAUGCCCAAGCGGUAGACCGAGCUUACCGGAUUGGACAAAAAGAGAACGUUGUGAUCUACCGACUCAUCACCUGCGGGACGGUGGAAGAGAAAAUCUACAGGCGUCAAGUCUUCAAGGACUCGUUGAUCCAGCAAAGCACCGGGGAUAAGAAAAACCCGUAUCGGUAUUUCACCCAACAGGAACUGAGGGAGCUCUUCACGCUGGAGGACACCACAAGCUCUGCAACACAACUGCAGCUCCAGUCCUUGCAUGCCACACAGAGGAAUUCGGACCUGGAACUGGACGAACACAUUGCGUAUCUCCAUACCUUGGAGAUGUUUGGCAUAUCGGACCACGACCUGAUGUACACCUGCGAAACAGGUCAAGAGGAGGAAGAAGAAGAAGCAGAAGAUGACGAGGCGCAUCAGUACAUUGAACACAGGGUCAAGAAAGCCCAGGAGUUGGUCCAGUUGGAGUCGCAGCUCAAGGAUAAAAAAUACCAGAAGUCCCGCUACUUGUGAGUCUCAUGUAUCCCAUCAAGUCCAAUGGAAUUAACCUCUGUUUUCAUUUCUUGCCGAAGAAAUCGUUCCCAGUGACUGCAUAGUACACCAAUCUGGAUGCUUUUUGUCUCGAUUGUCUAUUCAAGAUGUUCUUCAUAAUCCAGUUUAUUGUUUGCUCAGCAGCUUGGUCUCCUUUUUUAAAGACUAAGCAAGGACAAGUUUCACUCUGAUUUUAUUAGAACUAGACUUGUAUUUAACCUUUCUUUUGGCCAUGGCAGUGACAGGUCCAUAGGAUGUCCUUUGCAUUCACUUGGGAAAGCCGUAGCUGAGAAGACUGAACCAUUUUUGGUUUGAGCUUUGCGGUGUUCUUUGACGAAGACUAAGUGGACUUUAGGGAGAAGAUACAGUUCUACUUAAAUAUAAUGGCUCGAUUGUGUAUAUACUCCAUCGCUAACUAUUUCUUGCUCCAAAAAGUGAUGAGGAAAGCUUGCAGCUGGCGCAAGAGUUGUAUUGGACCCAAUGGAAGAUAUUAAGCUAAAGAAGUUGUUAUGCAUCGUGGUUUGAUAUUAUCUUCCUCCAUUUAGGGAGGAAGUCUGUGAAACGAAGCCCAGAAGGGAAGAAAUUGGUUGCUCCUCAUGAUUGUUUCUUUUCUUCCCUGCACUUUAACUUUUUGAAAAAUUAAGUAUUUAUAUAUGGUUAAUGUUUCCUACUGUCUUUUCUACUAUUAGUAAAGUUUUUU